UCUGAUAUUCUCAGAGCGAUAUUUAUUCUUCCCCUGACGGCGGGAAACUGCAAAAAGGAAACACACCAAACUUCAAUCUCCCAUGACGGAAGUAUAGCUGGAAUAAUCGUGCUAACCAGUUUAGUAGCCAUGCUAGCUGAAAUAGUGUAUAUUUGCAACACCUUUGAGCAAAAAAGUAGAACAUCACCCGAAAUAUCCAGACCACUUCUGAUUGUACUAAACUGUCUUGGAAUUUUGUCCUGUAUCUCAGUUGGGAUUCGAGAACAAAUCAAAAAGAGAUAUAUAUUAGAUACUGAUACUCAUGAUAAAAGCAAAUCCCUUAAGUUAAAAUUUUUAUGUUUAUUUUGUUUUGGCUGUGUAGUGUAUCGUAUCCUGAAGAUAGCUUUCCAUGUUGAAUGCAAGGUGUUUGUCCGUAUCAGCGAUAGUCUGGAAGGAGCCGUUUUGUAUGAUGUUUCUUGUCUUUUGUUUUAUCUGAUACAAACAUUGUUUAUCUAUUAUUUUUGUAAAUACCAAUUUCUCAAUUCUUUGUUUACCUUUUAUGGUUUGAUUGUAGUUGUUGUCACAAAUAUUUCGUCGUGGACGUACCAUGCUACAACCAGUCUAAAUUUUUCGGACACGUCGCAAAAUAACACAGAUCGAUGCUUAGAAAGCAACUCAUCUUUUUCCGUACGUCAACUGUUACAAAACGUUAGUCCUUUUACAGAACCCAUGCUCGCUGAGUACCCGCUGUUGUGCUUGAUAUUUUUGUCUGGACUAUGGCCGAGGACAUCAAAUAAGCCUUGUAUUAAUGAUGUGGACAGUAAUGUUACUUUUGAAACGUCGGAAAUGACAGCAUUAUUGCAAAGUCAAAGCACCUUAUCGCGUAGACCUGUCACUGGAGCACAGAGAUUUGUGUUAACAUAUUGUGUCAUACUAAUAAGUGUCAUGAUAUCUUUACCUAGAACAGUUAUUGAAGUUCUCAGAUUAUUCGGGGUCAUGGGUGCUGAUUUUUUCUGGAUGUCCUCAAUAACUACCAUAUUCGAACAUGCUGUGUUACUUCUUGCACUUGUUCUGUGUUUUCAUACAGUACAGCAUCAGUGUAGACCGCGUAUUGAGACUACUGCAUACGACAUCGGAAAUGUUCUGUUGAUUCUUAGCUUUAUCAUAACGACGGGAUAUUAUACUCUGCAUAUAAUGACUGAAAUACUUCCAAUUGUCACAAAAUUUCGAAGCUUAUUUAUUAUAAGAGAUAGCAUACGGAUAAUCGUUCUCUAUCUCCAAACUGUGUACAUUUUACAGAUGACAAAAUACACGAUAACAUCUUCAAGAUCACGGUAUUUCUCAGUGAAUUAUAUAUGUCUAUUAAUUGGCCUAAUUAAUUUCGGUUAUUGGAUUUCAGAUACUUUCAUCAUGGUUCAAUUUAUCUACAAAUUCCAAAAUCCAGCAUACUACAGUAGUAUUUAUAUGGAAAACACGGAUUCAUUCUGGUUUCCUUUUGUUAUGUUUUACAGAUUCGAAUGUUUUAUGUGUUUUUAUUCCUUGUACAAGUCUUAAUUGAUACUAUGUACUAUGAUAUUGUCCUGGAAAUUUAAUAAAACAUUUUUUUAAAUACUUAACCAGAAACACGUUUUCUGCAACUAAUGUCGAAAUACGGAUAUUUUUUCAUUGACACCGUAAAAGAUGUUACUAACAGACUUGACUCUUUCUUUUUUUAAUUCUGUAUGGUUUUAAAUCAUAUCUAUAUUUUUGUAUGAAGCACUUUCGUCUUGUAAGCAUGUUUAUUUCUCAAAGAGGAGUCUCAAUUAUAAUAAAAUGUUUAGUAUAACUGCAA